AUGUCGCACAAGACGAAGUCGGACCUUUUGGUCCGCGUGCGGUUCGAGAACCCUCUUCCGCCGCCGCCCUUCCCCGCCAAGUUGUUCAAGGUCUCGACCGAGAUUGGUCGUCUCGGCGAGCCCUCGUAUCUCGACCAGCUCGCCUCCUCUGCGCCGAUCCCCAUGCUCGCCGACGCCGAGAUGGGCAUGCCGCUCGACCUGAAUGUGUACCCCGGUGUUUGGGACGGAGACGACAGCGCGCUGAACCCUGUGCCGGAUGCGGACCGCGUGCAGGAUGCGACGGAUGCGCUCCUCCUCACGCCGCUGAAUGUCACGAGCAACGCGCCCGCCAAGGCGGACGUCAGCUGGAUGCGUAACUCGAGCUACAUCCAGCGCCGGAACGGAAACGUGCGCCGCGCAGCGCAGGAGAGGCAGCGGCAGGAGGCCGUCGACCACAGCGAGGCGGCGCAGAUCCUGGCUAUCGACAAGACGUUCGCCGACGUCCAAGUGCCGGCAAAGGAGAUGAAGCAUCCGGACCCGAAGAGGCGACACCUGAAGGUCGUCGAGGAGUACGACAUUCUCCCCGACGCCGAGGCGUGGAGCAACUCGUACAUCCUCGUCAAGUUCCCCGAGCGCCCGAGUGCCGUUACGGCGCUCAACCCCACCGCGACGGCGAGCACGGCGCGUCUCGAGAGCGCCGUCCUGCGCCCGAUCGUCGAGGACGACCAGCAGAUCAUCGAGUACUACCUUCCGCCGGAGGAGGGCGUGGACCGCCUGGCGCACGUCUAUGCGACGCCUUUGGACGGCGACGGCGUCGAGCGCCUGAACCAGACCGCCGAGGAGGGCGGGGACGUGGACGCCGUCUUCCCGAACGUCCCCUACGACCGCAUCCGGACAUACGAGGUCGUCAUGCAGGCCGUGCCUGCCAAGGAGGUGCUGCUCACGUUCCAGGAGGAGGAGGCCGAGGACGAGGACGACGACAUGUUUGGCGGCGAGGACGAGGACGACGAACCCAAGCGCAAGCGUCGCAAGGGCGUGUACUACAACCCGAUCUCGUUCCGCACCCAGCUGCGCAAGACGCGCGUCGCCAAACGCGGGCAUGUCGAGACACGUGGAGAUAACUGGGACAAGAUCCGCAUUGGAUUCAGGCAGCCGGACGAGGACGAGGUCGACGAACGCAGGGCCAAGGACCGCCAGGUCGACGAGCCGGACUGGGUCGAGGAGAAGCUCGGAGAGCUGCGUGGUGGAGACCCGGGCGCUGAGCAGAUGGGGGAGGCCAUCAGGGAGGACAUCGACGAGUAG